CUGCUUCCUACCGCCAGUUUCUCACCAUGGAUGGACUUGAUGGUGUUGCGAUUUCCACUCUUAAAGCUGCUAACAUUGGGGAAGAGAUUUUACCAACUCUCUCACGAGAUGAUAUCCGAGAUCUCUUUCCUGGUCCUGAGCACUUCCUGCGAGCAAAGCCAUUUGGCUCAUGACUCAUAAGGAAGAACAGGGGCACACGAUUCCUGUUGAAGGCCAAGGUUCAUCAGCAGAUGAUGAAAAUAAUGAAAGUUCAAACCGAGAUGACCCCAGCACUUCAAAGUUUUUGAAGUUACCCAGCCCAGAAUACGUUCUCUUCACUGAUAGUGAACUACAACACGUGAGACGAGCAUACUUUGAGCAGCAGCGUCUUGGAAAAGAGAGUGAAGUCACCUUAUCAAAGGAGCUCUUCUGCCGGCUCAUCCGAAAUACCAUGACAAAUAUGAUCUCAAUUGCAAGAGCCUCUUCAGAUGACUACAAAUACCCCACUAAACAUGAAGUUCUUGCCAUGGCAAAGCGGUUAGUGGAAUACUACUCUAUGAUAAAAGAUAAGUCAACUGGAUCUAGUCACGAGUGGGACUCUGUUGCCAAAAAGCUCAUGAAGCGACUUUCAAAUAUCCGAAGUCCUGUGAAGGCCAAACACCCUCCUUCCAAGAGAGCCCGUCUGGACAAAGAACCUUCUGCUGCAGUGGCAAGUGACUAUGAUGCUGAUUCCAGUGCAUCAACACUUCAUCUAUCACCACCUUCAAAAUCAAGCACCCCACGGCAAGACAAUGACAGCAUCGAUGAAGCAUCCGAUGGUCCAGAAACCAGCCUCGACACCCAGAAAACACAGGCACGACAUUACAGGACUCUACGGGAAAUGUACAAAUCAAAGAAGCCAAACAAAGCUGCUGUAACUCAUCUAUUAGACCUGGAGUUCCAGUCCAGAAGAAAUUUCAUCGACUCAGAUACUUUGAAGGAGCAAAACAGACCUACACAAAUAUUACAGGCAUACCCAUGCUUCAAAGAACUGGACCAUACAAUGGAUGAACUGCGGAGAAUCAUUGAGCCAAACAAUUGCCAAUACAUUUCUGAGGUGAAAGGCAGGUGGGAGACCUUCUACUCCAAGGUUCAGUUUUAUGGUGUCAUGAAGAAAGUCAUGAAGCCUCCAAGGACAUUAAAUGGAGUUGAACAUGCCAUUGCUGUUUUUACUGCCCUGCCAUUGCUCUUCCCAUCUGGCUCUGCAGUACCCAAGAAAGUGGUCCCAAUCAGUGAGGCUCUUUUCCACAUUCUUACGCCCUCAGAGGACCCUGAUACCUUCGUUCACCGGCGUGUGCUUUCUAGCCCUGUUUUGCUGGUUGGUGAGGAGAACUGCAUGGUGGUUGUAGGUACAACUCCAGUUGUAACCUUUGAGAAAGAUUUGCUCCACGAGGGGCUUCUCUACCUCCUGGCAUAUUACUAUGCAUUCCACCUGACCUAUCCCAGGUGUAUUGCCACACUCUUGUCUGUGUUGCAAACAGAAGUUCUGGUAGAUGUCCUCCAUGAGCAGGAUGCAACCCCCUCUUAUAAAAAGGCCAUUCAUGAAUGGAAAAUGUUUGUGGAAUAAAUACUGUUGCAAACCUGUAUGGCUGAGGCAGUGAUGGAUUAUUUGUUUGUUUUUUAUUUUUUGGUUUGUUCCUCAUUAUAUUUGCACUUGAUUUGUGCUAGUAUGAGAUUUCCCUGCUUUUUCAGUAGUAUUUUUUUCUUGAAUCAAUUGUAUUAAUGCAAUACAUUAGUUGACUAAUUGCUGUUUGAGGAAUAUGCAGCUUAGGCAUAGCCUUUUUAUGCAGAACAUUUGCUGUUUAUGUGCCAUGUUAUGACACUGACACUUCCUUAUGUCAGUUGAAUAGUUCAUCCUGCUUUAUGUGCUCCAAUUGUUAAAGAGGAUGUUCUUUAAUAAA